GCCCGCUCAGUCCCCGGCCGACCCGCGGCGCCCGCCGCUCGUAGCAGCCCGCCCGCCCGCCCGCCAGCCAGCGAUCCCUCGAGCCAAGCGGCGAUCCCGGGCGCGGUGCGGACCGAGGAGCCCGGCGUUGCGCGGCGGCGAAGCAGGCCGGCCGGCCUCUCCGGGGCCCGCGCUCCUCGCUCAUGCGGGGCCGGGCGCGGCGCCUGCCCCGUCGCCAGCCGGGCGCGCAGCCAUGAGCCAGGCGGAGUUGUCGGCCCCCCGCGCGGCGCCCAGCCAGCGCGUCUUCCAGGAGGCGGUGCGCAAGGGCAACACGGCCGAGCUGCACUCGCUGCUGCAGAACAUGAGCAGCUGCGAGUUUAACGUGAACUCCUUCGGCCCCGAGGGCCAGACGGCGCUGCACCAGUCGGUGAUCGACGGCAACCUGGAGCUGGUCAAGCUGCUGGUCAAGUUCGGCGCGGACAUCCGGCUGGCCAACCGCGACGGCUGGAGCGCCCUGCACAUCGCCGCCUUCGGGGGCCACCAGGACAUCGUCCUCUACCUGAUCACCAAGGCCAAGUACUCGGCCGCCGGCGGGGGAGGCGGCGCGGGGGGCGGCGGCCGCGGCUGAGCGCGCUCCGGCAGCUCCGUCGCGGCGGCGCCCCGAAAGCCUCCCGCUCCGGCCCGCAGGCGAGAGCGGCGGCGCCUCCGUCAA